ACUUGGCCUCUCAUUAUUAAAUCUUCCCCAACCAGCAACACUCCCUCACUCUCAUCUCAACCCAUCUCCUCUUUCUCUACCUCUUUCUCUCUCUACCCUCGUCCAUUUAUACGCACCGUUUUGGCUCUCCAGUCCCUAUGAAUCACUCCCAGGACGAUCCCGAGUUCCAUCUCCCCUCCCACUUCCUCACGGACGACGUCGUGCUCCACUGCAACAUGGGCGACAGCAACAAAGACCACAGCUUCCGCCGGAACUGCGUCGAAUCCCGCGUCAGCUUCCCCACCGAGUUCCCCUACGAGUUCGACUCGUCCGACUCCUACUCGGCCCUGAACUCCCCUGUCGAGUCCGUGGUGAGCUCCACCGAGACCGAGGGAGGCAGCAGCAGCAGCGACGAGGAGGACUUCCUCGCCGGGCUUACCCGCCGCCUCGCACAGUCCUCGCUGCAGCCUGCUCACCAGACCCAGAAACUAUCCGUCCCCGCCGCCUUCCCCAAAGAGAACCCCGAGUGGGUCAUGUCCGGGUCUCCCCAGUCGACUCUGAGCGGAAUCGGGAGCUGGUCCAGCAACGGAAGCCCGACGGGCCCGUCUUCCCAGGUGCCUUCGCCACCGACGACGCCGUUUGGAGCUCAGAACGACAUCUGGGAGCUGAUAUACGCGGCAGCCGGGCAGGUUGCGCGGUUAAAAAUGACCAACAGCCUCGGCGGAGCAACCGAGUUCGGCGGCAACCACGGCCGCGGUGGACUUCUGGGCCCACCUCGGAUCCCCAGUCCUCCCCGACACUCAGGCCCCGGGCUCUGCUCGAACCAAAGCUUCACUCAGUUUCACCAUGUGAGGCAGGACAAGCAAGUAAAUCAUCUUCCAUGGUCAGCUCAGCCACAUCAACCAGCUCAGCUCCACCCCCAGCACAACCACCAGCAGCAGAUCCAAAACAGAGGAAGAAACAUUGUUGGGUACGAGAGAUGCGAGCAUGGUGUUAAUUUUCCCCAAUCGACAUGGCCGCCGCUUCAAGUCCAACACAACCACCACCACCACCACCACCAUCACCAACACCCCCACCACCAACAAAGUCAGCAACCUCAGCGCCACACUAACGCCGCCGUGCGUCCCGUUUUGCCCAACGGUUCUAAUAUCAAGAGGGAAUGUGCUGGCACCGGCGUUUUCUUGCCUCGCAGAUACACCAACCCUUCCCCUCCUGAACCUCGCAAGAAAGCAGGUUGUUCAACUGUUCUAAUGCCGGCCAAGGUUGUUCAGGCUCUGAACCUGAGCUUCGAAGACAUGAACCGCCACGCUCCGCCGCGUUUCACCACCGGUUUGGCUCCAGACCAUGAGGCACUGGCGGCAAGAAGAAACGCGCUGUUGACUCAGCAAAGGCUUGGACUAAGGACAGCGGCAGAGGGGCCAGUAAAUCACGAAGUGCGCCUCCCUCAGGAGUGGACCUACUGAUUUAGUUUCACAUCCAAAGGGCAAAACAGGCAAAAAAGCAAGAAGAUUAUAUACAAAUUAGGGUUUUCUGAUUAGGGUUUUAUGAAGAAGAAGAUAUUAUGUGUUUUUUUUAUAUUUAAUUAAGGAGAUUCAAGAAUGUGAGAUUAGAUUUUGGAGCAAUAAGAAAGAUAUCCAGGUUUUUUUUUGGGAAGGCAGCUGCUGCUGCUGCUGCUGCUGCUGCUUCUUUGGGGAGUUAGCUUUUAGGUCAAGGAAGAAGAUAAAUUACUAGGAAGAAUGUGUUCUUUUGUGUUGUAAUAAUUUUGGGUUAAUUAAUUUGUUCCAAAUCCAAGGUUUAAAUCUGGAUUAGGGUAAUUUAAUCUCUGGCUUGUAAUAUCAUCUCUCCUCUUGGGAUGUAAGAUUCUAAGAAGUAAUAAGAAGGAAAGCUCUUAGUUUGCCGUCGA